ACUGCGGUAGACGCUCUGGGUCCAUAGGACCCUGAGCCAACAUGGCGGCGCCCAGCGGAGUGACGGCCGCGGCCUCCAGCGAAGGCGAGGGUGAUGGCGGGGGUUUUGGGUCCUGGCUGGACCAGCGGCUGGACGCCCUGGGAGUAGACCGAGCGGUUUACGGCGCCUACAUCCUUGGUGUCCUGCAGGAGGAGGAGGAGGAGGAGAAGCUGGACGCUCUGCAGGGCAUCCUCUCUGCGUUCCUGGAAGAAGAUUCCCUCCUUGAUAUCUGCAAGGAAAUUGUGGAACGAUGGUCAGAAACACAAAAUGUCGUCACCAAAAUGAAGAAGGAAGAUGAAGUUCAGGCCAUUGCCACCCUAAUUGAGAAGCAGGCCCAGAUUGUGGUAAAGCCCAGGAUGGUGUCAGAAGAGGAGAAGCAGAGAAAAGCGGCCCUGCUGGCCCAGUAUGCUGAUGUGACAGACGAAGAGGAUGAAGCAGAUGAGAAAGAUGGUUCCGGUGCCUCCACAGUGAACCUCGGUUCUGACAAAUCCCUGUUCCGAAACACCAACGUGGAAGAUGUUCUCAAUGCUCGGAAACUGGAGCGAGACUCACUUCGGGAUGAGUCCCAAAGGAAGAAGGAACAGGACAAGCUACAGAGGGAGAGGGACAAACUAGCCAAGCAGGAGCGCAAGGAAAAGGAAAAGAAAAGGACACAGAGAGGGGAGCGAAAGCGAUAACCUCAGCCCACUCCAUGCUGUCUGUGGACUGAUAGAGCCUAUGUGUAUUUAAGAGAAAUGAGAGACUGUUGCAUCUCCCAGACCUUCCCAAGCUUUUCCCCCUUUUUUAUUACAGUCAAAAGGAAAAUCACAAUCACUUCUAACAAAUGUGCCAUGGCUUGGUGGUGUGGGCAAUCACUUAUAGUCAGUGUCUGUACCAAAGAUCUGGAAUUGGGGUAACCUUUAUAUUUUAAUACUGAAGUUCUAUGCUCUUUGGCUUUUUUUUUUUUUUAAAGGUCUUCCCUUUUAAAAGGAUUCAGAAAGUUAAUAGUUAAAGCUUUCAUUGGAGAAAUCAUGACCCUUCUAAGAUAAAAAGGAAAUACAAAUAGCCUCAGAGGCAACAUGUGCCCCUAAAUGUACUGGGGUUUUUUGUUUUGCUUUUGAGACAGGGUUUCAUGCUGUAAUCUUGGCUGGCCUUGAACUCAUGGAAAUCUUCCCUCAGCCUCCCAGUGCUGUGAUUACAGGCAUGAACCACCAUCCCUGACUAUAGUGGUAUUUUUACGACUGACAGCUAUAGAGCCCUACCUGGAUCUGGAUUUUAUGUUAUAUGACAGCAAAAUUAGGAAAGUGGGAAGAAAUUAUUUGGGGAUGUGACAGAUCUAAGAAUAUUUUUAACAAAAUGUUUCAAGCUGGGCUGGGGAUGUAGUUCAGUGUUGAGUACUUGCCUCUCAUGUAUAAAGCCUUGGGUUCGAUUCCCAGCACUGAAGGAAAACAAAAAACUUCAACCUAUGGUAGGAGAAAGUAUCUUUUUAAAUAAUGAGCUACCCAUUUUUCCUCACACAGUCUGUGACUUUAAGAAGGAUUAUCAGUAUGAACUAUAAGGAAUCAUUGUUAGGCUAGAUUAAUCUUUUUUUUUUUAGACCAGGCUGGCCUCAAUCUCACAGAGAUCCAUUUGCCUCUGCCUUCAGAGUGCUGGCCUGACUAGAUUAAUUUUUUAUAAUCAUGAAUUACCUUGAGUCUUCUUUGGUUUUAACCCUGAUUUACUGUACAGUCAUGUCCAACAUGACUUUUUUAAAAUUGCAAAUAAAAACCUUCACGUUUUUUAAGUAAGUUUACGAUUUUGUGUUAGGCCAUACUCAUAGCUGUCCUCCACCCAGGUUGGACAGACCUGCAACAUGAGUAUUAAGACUUAAUUCCUCAUUUAAAGAAACUGAAGGAAUUACCCUUUUAGAAGAAAAACACUGGAAAAUUUGUUAACACAGAUACUUAAGAGUACAUAGUAGGUGGUUAACAAAUUUAUGAACCUAGUGAAUGGGAAACUUGCUUGGGAGACUCAGAAGUGAGUGGAAACUCUCCAGUAUGCAUCACAAGCCAUGUGCAGUUGUGAAUAAAGCCUUUCUACUUCAGACAACAGCUAUCAAAAGCCUGCCGGAAGCAGGUUCUCUACAAGACACAUAUUUUAUACCAGGGGUUGGCCCAGUCGUUUUUUGUAUGGGGCAAAUUAGAACUGGUUUUUAUAUUUUUAAAAGGCUAUAAAAGACUGCAUGAUAGACCAUACAUAGCCUAUAAAACCUAAAAUAUUUACUAUCUAGCCCUUUGGAGACAGUUUGCUCACCUGUUUUUAUAUCAUUAGCUAAUUAAUUUUGUGCAGAAAGUUAAAAAGCAUGGUUAUGGAAAAGGAGAUAUGUUACCUCUUUGUUCUACAAUCAUGACCUUGAAAAAUUAACCACUUAAAAAAAAAUAAACUAUUUAAGUCAUCUUCUGUCUUGUUCUUUUCAGAAAUAAAGUAUGUGUGUAACUUA